GAUACUCCAUGUAUAUGUCCUGACUCUAUUGAGCUGGACAUACCAGCAAUCGGUCGCAGUUGGAUACCACCGAAGUUCGCUUCGAAGGCGAAAAGUCGAAAGCCAGCCAUCCCAAAGGCCCUACCUUGCUGGCUGGCUCUAUUGAUAUGCGGUAAUAAUUGCAAAGCAUUUAAUCUUUAGGGCCUGCAACUUGUGUCGACGAAGCUGAAACGGGCGGAAUUUGUCGGGCGGAAUGCGCCUUCAUCGUCUGUUUCGCGCCGGACACGCCCAGCACUUGCGUGCAGCAUACAAGAACAUUUUCUAAAGCUGUGUAAAGCGCGCGGCAAGGUGGGGUGUAGCGACCAGUCAUCGGAGGCGGAGCGGUGGCCUGCAAGCGCUCACACGGGUGCACGCACCCGUUGCGUACGACAGUACCCCGCCCGACUCGCCGCGUCAUAAAGGCAGGCCCGAGACCUCACAACUAACCCAGCUCCCCAACACAAUAUGCAACACAACUAAGCAAGAGCACACGCGCACCUGCCAACAAGUUAUACACGAAGCCCUUCCGAAGCAACCAAAGCAUCGCGAAAUUUUAGACCUGAACAUUUCGUGCGACGGGCUCCAGCAGCCAUGACGUCGACAGUAUCAAAGCUUGUAGCCGUGGCCUGCAUCAUUCUGACCUCAGGCCUCGCAUCUGGCAUGCGGCCACUCGCCGAGCUUUCACUUUCCGAGUCCGAGGUCGCGCGGCGUCUACUUGAAGACGAGCCGCAAGAGCAGCCACAGACCCGCGAGCUGCUGGCGCUCAUCGAGGCUAUGUCGCCGAGUGUCGUGCCAGGCGCGUACCCUUCCGCAUACCCUUCGUCUUCGCCACCGCCCCCAGUUUACCCGCCUCAGUCCACGCCCAGCCCGGUUCCCACGACACCCACGCCCAGCCCGGUUCCUACUCCUACCCCCAGCAGCCCGAUCCCCACUCCUGCUCCGUCCCCAGUGCCUGUGAUCGUCACAGCCCCCGCCUGUGGGAGUGCACCUUGCAUCAAGGUCAACGCCACCACCGGCACCCCCUUUGACGUCUUCCUCGUCUCCGCCCCUGCCUGGGUCAGCACCACCGCCGCCCUCUCCAAGCUGGCCUACGAGUUCGGCGUAGUUACCAACGGCACCGACGGCACUCUGGUGUACCGGAUUCGCCAUGCCUUCUCCUCCUCCUCCUCCGCCCCCAUCGCCAGCCUGCCCGUUGGCUCCGCAAGGCUGUUCGCUUGCGUGCGCACCGUCAGCGCCGCUGGCACCACCACCGGCCCCCGUGCCUGCGAGACCGUCACUGUCAGCAUCACCGCUCAGCAGGUGACGGCUCUUCAGGUGACGCAGCAGAUGGACGCCAUCAUGACCGCCGUCACGACCAGCGCCGCCGGCAACGCCUCCACCGCCGACCUGCUAACCAUGUCCCAAAAGCUGGCCGCCGUGGCCUCCGUUUCCGAUGGCGGCGCCGUCGCCACCGCCUCGCUCAAGUCUGUUGCCUCCAGCCUCAUGACGCGGCUCUUCGCGACCGCCAGCAGCGCCGCCUCCAGCCCGCCCACCGCCGCCUCCAUCGUGUCUGUGUUUGACGCCGUGGGCAGCCUGUGGGGCGUUUCCAGCGACGCGGGCCGCGCGGCCGUGGUGGGCAGCAUCAGCGCCCUGUCUGACCAGCUGGCCGGUGAGAGCCUGGAGGCCGCUGAUGCCCUGCCCGUCAUCGACCUGCUCACGAGCAUGCUGGAAGACCAGGCCAGCCUGGUCGCAACGGCCGCUGCUGCCAACGGUGGAGCCAGCCAGGCCGCCGCCAAGGCAGAUGCCGCCAAGGCCGUGCUCGCGUCCAUCACUCAUGGCACCGCCGCCCUCACACGCAGCCUGCUGAAUGGCGCCCCCGCCGACGGCACCCCCGCGCAUAUCGCCACCGCCAAGCUCGCUGCCGCCGUGCAGCGCGCCUCCGCAGCCCUGGCCGCCGCCGGCAUCACCAUCAGCGUCGCCAACCCCGGCUCUGCUUCCUCCUCCGGCCGCCGCCUGCUGUCUUCCUCUUCCUCGGCUGUGGGUGUGGCUCUUAACCCCGCCGUCAGCCAGCUCUGCACCGCUGAUGCCACCUGCGCCACUGCUGGCUUUGGCGUGGCCGUGACGGUGAUCCCCGACUCAUCGCUCCUGCUCACAUCGCUUGGCGACAACGCGGCGGCUCUGGCGGCCCUGCUCUCGGACUACCGUGCCGGCGGCAGCGUGCAGGUCAUCUCGCCCAUCGUGCGCGUCGCCGCCCCCGGCCUGCCCGCGUCUGCCUACGGCGGCGCCCUGGCGAGCCUUGUAGUCCUGGACCUGCCCAUCAACCUGACGGCCGUGGCCCUGGACGGCGCCACCACCCGCCGUGCACUGGUGCGACUGCAGGACGUGUCGGCCGCCGCGCCCGACGCCUCCGCCGCCAUCUCGGCUGCCGUGUCCGUCACCGUCACCUCCAACUCUGGCCCCGCCACCGGUGCUGUGGACCUCAUCUCGGGCUUCAGCAACAGCCUUGGCGACUUUGCGGUGCUGCAGUACACGAGCACCGCCACGCCUACCGCCGGCAACACCACCACCUCGCCCUCGCCCUCGGGGGCACCCAGCUCCACCGCCUCCGUGUCGCCCUCACCGCUGCCUUCGUCUCUGCCCCCGGGCGGUGCGGGCAGCAUGGUCGCACCUUCGGCCGCCAUCACCUCCAUUCUUUUGGGCCUGGUCGUGCUGCUACUCCUCUUGUAAUACGGAGGUUAGUACAAGCGCAGCGCGCCGGAUUAUUGCAUGAUUUUAUGUAGAUAAGCGUAGCGGGUGUACAGCACGGCAUGUCAGAUGCUAGCAAGGAGGGUACUGCACCCGCGUGUGUCAUUGAUUCAAGGGCUUCCAUCCAUUCAUGUGCAUAUGGGGAAAGUAUAGGAACCGAACCCAAGAGUGCUACCGCAUUGAUGGUUUGUGUGUGUAUGUGUGACGGAUGCCCCGGUGAAGAACUGGUGGCAGGACUGUUAGUAUCGUAAGGCCACAUAGCCAGACAUGGCUGCCUGAUUUAUUACACGGAGUAAGGGUAAACCCGAGUUUGAGGG